UUAAUAUUCACACCACACACAAUUUUUUUUUUUUUUAAAAAAAAAAAAAACAUGGCCGUAUCAAUAAACUCCUGUCUCAAACCUAUCUCACCUGCACCUCCAAAUCCUUCUCCUCAAACCCUAACUGCGCCAAUCCAAUUAUGGCCGAUGAAUAAAGACGUGGCAGCGACAUGGCGGCGGCGGUGCGUGUCGGCCGCCGCAUGCGUCAUAAUCAGCUCGACGUCAUCGGGGAUCAUGAACGGCAUCGACGGUGCCGCCGCCGCCGUCACGGCUUUCGCGGGGGAUCACGUGACAGCUCACGUGGAGGCGGUGGCAGGACCGCCGGGGAAAGAAGUGCGGUGGAGCGACGUGCGGAAGUGCCCGCCGUGGCAUGAGAAUUCGUUGGAGAAUAUCAUGCCGGAGAAUCUCCCCCGACCGUCGGAUCGGCGGAGAUACAACAGCGUCGUGGCUGGUCGGACGGCCCCUGGUGUCGCUGGGUACUCUGUGGUUCGGUACAACACCAGCUGCUACUCUAUGUAAAAGAGUAUCGAGCUAGAGCACUUUACAUAGCACAUGAAUAGUAUUUACUAUCAACUUUUUAGUUAUUAAACGUUAUGUAUUUUUCAUGUACUAGACCCCUAGUAAAAAAAAAGGGCUUGGUUUUAUUGAGUUAGGAGAAUUUGUGUAAAUGUUUAUACUGAAGAAAGAAAAGUGUGUGUAUAAGAAUUAAUGAUGAUUUAUUGAAGAACGGAUACAUAGGGAUA